AUCCUUUGAACGCUUGUACCGGCGGUGUAGGAGUAAAAACGUCCUGUAAAAAAAGCUCGACUGGCUGUCUUAUAAAAAUGUCAAAGUUAUUGAGACAUUUUCUAAAUUUUAGACAUUGCCACAGAGUUUUCUCACAGAGAAAAGACGACAGUUUUGCCCAGUGUCCUGAAAGAGUAUUCUCUGGUAUACAGCCAACAGGAGUACCCCACCUUGGGAACUAUGUGGGCGCCAUACGUAACUGGGUACGAAUGCAGGAGAGAUAUGACAGCAUUUUGCUGAGUAUAGUCGACUUGCACUCAAUCACCGUCCAACAAAAUCCAGCUGAGCUCAGGGAGAAUAUUCAAGUGAUGGCUGCCUGUCUUAUAGCAUGUGGAAUCAAUCCAGAUAAGACCAUCUUGUUUCAACAGUCUUCUGUCAAGGAACAUGCGGAGCUGUGCUGGAUCCUGGGAUGUCUGUGCAGUCUGCCUCGGCUGGAGCAUCUCCCACAGUGGCGGGACAAGUCAAAGAAGGUGUCCGACCCUAAAGUUGGUCUCUACACUUACCCCAUCCUGCAGUCGGCAGACAUAAUGCUGUACAAGUCUACCCUGGUGCCAGUGGGAGAGGAUCAACUGACACAUCUGGAGCUAGCUCGUGACCUUGCCAGGGCGUUCAACCGCCAGUAUGGGACACUGUUCCCUGCCUGCAACUCUUACAUAGGAGAUGUACCAAAGAUCAGAUCCUUAAAAGAUCCAUCUAGUAAAAUGAGUAAGUCGGACAAUAACGCUGCCUCAAGAAUUGAUCUUACUGAUUCAUCAAGCACUGUUAGAGACAAAAUUGCCAAAGCAGUGACAGAUGCUGUUUCUAAGGAUAUAACAUUUGACCCCGAACUUCGACCUGGGAUAUCUAACUUGAUUGACAUUUGCUCGGCUCUGACUGGUAAAAGCUCAGAAGACAUUGUGAAGUUAACGCAGGACAAAGGAAUGGACAAGAAAACAUUUAAAGAGUUUGUUACUGAAACUGUGAACGAAUCAAUUCAGCCAAUCAGCAGUGAGAUGCAACAAAUACUUAGUGACAGAGGUCAUUUAAGGUCAAUACUUAAGCAAGGUCAGGAGAGAGCCAGUGUCCUUGCAGAAGAGACAAUUAAACAAGUGAAAACUUUAGUGGGACUUUCAUGAUAGUGGUUGUUACUUAGUGAAUAAAGAAUUAUAAGUGA